AUGAACAUUAAGUUUGAUGUAGAACCAGAUAUCUAUACUCCUUUCUAUCUAUGUAUUUAUUUAUUUCUUGCUAAUUUUCUUUCUUUCUUUCUUUCUUUCUUUCUUUCUUUCUUUCUUUCUUUCUUUCUUUCUUUCUAUCUAUCUAUCUAUCUUGAUCAUCUGUUCCAAUCUAUCUAUCUAUCUAUCUAUCUAUCUAUCUAUCUAUCUAUCUAUCUAAGUUUGUUUCUUUAUUGUUCAGUCUGUUCCAAUCUAUCUAUCUAUCUAUCUAUCUAUCUAUCUAUCUAUCUAUCUAUCUAUCUAUGCUUAUUUCUUGUUCAGUUUGUCUCUUCCUAUCUAUCUAUCUAUCUAUCUAUCUAUCUAUCUAUGUUUAUGUCUUUUUGUAUCUAUCUAUCUAUCUAUCUAUCUAUCUAUCUAUCUAUCUAUCUAUCUAUCUAUCUAUCUAUCACCAUGUUCAUAGUCUUUCUGGGCCAAAAAAGUUUAUUCUUUCUUUCUUUCUUUCUUUCUUUCUUUCUUUCUUUCUUUCCUGCUUACUGGAGAAUACCUAAUGCAGAACUUAUCAGUCUAUUUACACCUCUUUUUCUCUCUUUGUCCUUUUUUUUCUCUUUAUCGCUCUCUCUCUCUGUUUGUCUCAGUCUAUUCAUAUCUAUCUAUCUAUCUAUCUAUCUAUCUAUCUAUCUAUCUAUCUAUCUUUUUUUCUGUUCCUGUUUUUCUAUCUAUCUAUCUAUCUAUCUAUCUAUCUAUCUAUCUAUCUAUCUAUCUAUCUAUCUAUCUAUCUAUCCGUCAAUUUUCACCAUGUUCAUAGUUUUAGAAUGCUUCUAUCAACCCCAGGGCAUUUCUUUCUCUCUCCCGGGCCAUUUAUUUCUUUGUGUCAAGCUUCUUUUGUAUUUUUAG